CUUAAAAAAUUCCGUCCAACGCAUCAUCCAACCCAUUAUAGACGGCAUCAAGCUGGGUUCACAACGUACCGACAAGAAGGACCCGAUCUCUUUGGCGGUAAGUACGAGCAAUGCUUCUUCGAACCCAUGUGGUCCCGCGAAACGUGGACUUUCCAAUCACUCACUCAUUUGUUUGUUUCUUCUCGCAAAUUUCUCAUGCAUCUUUUGGACCUUUUGCAGAGCGCAGACUCCUCGUUUGCUCAUGUUCCCCCGUGCACCAAGGCCAUCGAGGCCAUCGUUCAAGCAGUAGUCCGCAAGCCCCACACCACUGGCUACACACACGCUUGCGGCUCGCCGGAAUCUCGGUGCGCCAUUGCUUCACACCAUUCGUCUCCGGAACACCAACUGAGUCCGGAACACGUGAUUGUCACAAAUGGAUGCUCGGGGGCUUUGGAGCUUUCCCUUGAAUCACUUCUAGACCCAGGCACGACAUUGCUCGUUCCCCAGCCAGGGUUGCCCCUGUAUGAAGAAAUUUCAGCUUCGAUUGGAGCAAACGUGAUUCGAUACCGCCUCGAUCCCCACCAGGGAUGGGAAUGCGAUAUGAAUCACCUCGAAGAAAUAAUGACAAGCAAAAACGGCAAUACUUGUUGUCGCGCUAUUAGAGCUAUGGUCAUAACGAAUCCUUCGACGCAUGGAUCCGUCUUUUCCGAGACUCAUCUCACCCAAAUUCUGGGCUUUGCACUCAAGUAUCGCAUACCAAUAAUUAGCGAUGAAGUAUAUGGAGAUCUGACCUUUGGAUCGAACCGUUUCCAUCCAAUGGCUCGAUUGGCAGCCGUGCACGGACGGAAAGUUCCGAUCAUCACCACGAGCGGGUUCUCGAAACAAUUCCUGGUCCCAGGUUGGAGAAUCGGCUGGGUCGCUUUCCAGGACAAUAGUUACGGAUCGCUACGCGAAGUUGAAAAGGGAGCGCGUCGUCUGGCCAAUCUACAGCACGGUGUAUCACACCUGCAGCAAUCUGUAAUCCCGGCUCUGUUGUCCGUAUCGACCACCCCGGGACUUGCUCGCUGGAAAGAGGACUUUCGAAACGUUCUAAAAAGUCAAGCCACUCUUCUUUGUUCGAAGCUAAUGAAUGAAUGCCACUGCCUCGACAUUCGCUCUCCGCCACAAGGUUCUAUGUAUGCAAUCGUUCACUUGGAUCUGGAUUGCCUCGACGAAACGAUUCAAGACGAUAUGGACUUCGUCCGUCUUCUGGUUCGAGAAGAGAAUGUUUUUGUCCUACCGGGAAGUUCAUUCGGUGUUCCUGGGACAUUUCGUGUUGCCUAUAGUUCCUGUGAAAGAAUUCUCGAAAUGGCGUCUCAAAGAAUCAUCAACUUCUGUCACCGUCACAGAAGGGAAAAGCGAAGAGCCCACUGCAAUCAGUAAAAUGGGCAUGGUUGCUCAGGAUGGACACAGUCAAAAAUCAGUCUUCAUAAAGCUAUUGGAAGUUU